AUGACUGGAAGGGAAAGCGUUUACACGAUAUAUGCCGGUCACGAAGUGAUGUAUCACGUCAGCACAAUGUUACCUUACUCGAAAGACAAUCCACAACAACUCGAGAGAAAAAGACACAUCGGUAAUGACAUUGUCAACAUUAUUUAUACCGAUGAUCCAGCAGCCGUAGACAAUUUCAAUCCUAAUUGCAUUAGGAGUCAAUUUACUCACGUGUUUGCUGUGGUAUCAGCAUUAGGAGUUCUCAAAGGUUGGCGCAUUGCCAUUUAUUGCGACGAAACUGUUCCACUAUUUGGUCCAAGUCUUCCUUGUCCACCUAUAUUCGACGAUCCCUAUCACUUGAGAGAAUUCCUUCUGGUCAAGUUGAUUAACGGCGAGAAGGCGACCUUUAAUACGCCAACAUUUUCUAGAAAAAGAGAGAGAACCUUGGACGCUUUAUUGCGUGACAUGUAUCAGGAACAUGCGCAAGAUGGGAAGAGCAACAGCAUGUUAAAUCGUCGUGCAUUUUCCGACGUUGUUGAGGGACCCGGUAGAAGACGGGAGGAAACAAGAGCAGUAGAAAUGGUACGCGUUGGUCAAGCUGUUAAAUUGGAAGCGAUAGUUCGUGGUUUGGCACCAACAUCUCUUGCUACGGUUGGUCCAUUAAAACCAAGACCUUGGGAACCGAGAUGUAUUUAUCCAGAUUUUCCUCAUGUUGUAAUUUGCGGUGACGUUUGGUCGGAAAAUAGGAUGAUACUUGCAUCAGAAAAUGGCACUUUUUUGAUCGAAGAGGGUCUAUCGCACAGAAUGAUUUUCGACGAGUCAGUUCCGAUCAAACAACUCGACGUUGUUGAACAACACGGUAUUCUUUUAUUUCGUGCAAUCGAUAAAGGGAAAGAAAGUGUCUAUGUAUUUCGCUUACGUGAAUUCGAGUACGAUUCAUCGUUAAGUGCUAGAACAUACAAAUUUCCGGAAUUUUUUAACAAUCGCGACGAUGAGGAUGAGGUUGACGAACAACACGAGGAAGAAAACGAAGAAAACGGUGAACACGAUGAAGAUUAUUACAAGGACGGUGAAAUUGAGGAAGAAGAUCAACAUGCUAAUAAUCAUCGUGAUCAUUUUAAAUUUAAAUCUUCAUUACGUUUACGAGGACGGACACAUCUAAGACCACCCGCGGUUAGAAGUCGUACACAUAUUAAGGAUAGAAAAUUGACUCGUACUCGUGGUUGUCAUCUCUACAGUAUCACCAGACAAGGUGGUUCGCACUUGCGAAUGUGUGCGGCAGUUGGACGACGUUUGACGGUCCUCCAAUGGAAACAUAACGCAGCUUGGACAACAUGGUGUUCUUCGGCAGAUACCGAUACGAUUGAAGGUUUCUUACUUCUCAAAGAAUUCACCGCGAGCGAAAGCCCAACCCUUAUUACGAUGAUCGAAAGUACGGAGAUCGGGAACGAAUGGAUGCUAUGUUGCGGUGCACGUCAUCAUUACGAACUUUUCACUGCAUCCGGUACUUCCCGUAUAGUUCACGUUGAAACGAACAAACCGCAUAUCGUAGCGGCAAUUGAUCUGCGCGAGGACGAGGAACCUGAAUUAUUGUUAUGUUAUAACACUUGUGCUUUUCCUUACGUGAUAGCAUUCACUGCUGAUACCAUGGAAAUUCGUUUGAUAAUAAAUGGAAAUCUUGUACAUACAAUAGCCAUGCCGAAUCUCUGUUUGAUAACUUCUAAAAGGGACAUAUUUUUUGCAACUACAGCACCGGAAUUUUUAUCUAGUAAAUGCGAACGUAUUCGAUUGGAUUCUAAACCACCUGACAAAGACGAGCAAGGAAGUAGUCCACCACCAACAACGCAGUCUUCCUCUUCAUCUCGAUCAAAUUCACAAAACAAUCAUAGCGAUUGGAAACCAAUCAGGAUCUAUCGAAUACCAUUGCAAACACUUUCGCGAAAUUUAACAUCAAAUUGCAGCCAAAGAAGAUGUCCAAGCCCGACGGAACCAGAAAUCGUUUCCGCCCCAUUGACAGGCGGAGAAAAUAAUUUUUUAAGCGUGGAUUCGCAAAGAAUAUUAAGCAGGUCUUGCAACAGCAGCCCAACGCCACCGAGUGCACCGGAAGAUUUGAUUCCUACUGUGUGUAGAAAAUAG